AUGGCUUGUUCUUCAACUUCAUCCAUUCAGAAGAGCUUCAAGUAUGAUGUGUUUCUGAGUUUUAGAGGUGAAGACACUCGUGCUAACUUCGUUGAUCAUCUUUAUCAUGCUCUUCACCAUAAAAGUAUUCACACAUACAAGGACGACGUGAGAAUCAAGAAAGGGAAAAGAAUAAGUGAUGAGCUCAUCGGAUCCAUUAAAGAUUCAAAGUUCUACAUCAUUGUUUUCUCCAAGAACUAUGCAUCUUCUUCUUGGUGCUUGGAUGAACUUGUGAAGAUAAUGGAAUGUCACAGCACCAUCGAGCAUACCGCUUAUCCCGUCUUCUAUGAUGUAGAACCGUCUGAAGUCCGGAAACAAAGCGGGGCAGUAGCGGAAGCAUUUGCUAAACAUGAAAAUGAAGAGUCUGCUGGGAAAUGGAGACAGGCUCUGAAAGAUGCAGCGGAUCUGGCUGGGUGGGAGUUGAAGAACACCGCUAACGGGCAUGAAGCUGAAUUCAUCCAAAAAAUCGUUGAAGAGCUUUCACUAGAGCUACGAUCUAUCAGUUUCAAUGUUGAUGAAAAAUUAGUAGGAAUGGAGACCCGGGUCAACGAUGUUUUAUCAGCUUUAGGAACUGAUUUUGAUGAUGUUCGUAUGGUGGGGAUCAAGGGGAUGGGAGGUGGUGGGAAGACAACUUUGGCAAGAGCUGUUUUUGAUCAAAUCUCCUUUCAAUUUGAAGGUAUAAGCUUUGUUGAGAAUGUCAGGGAAGUUUCAAGCGCAUCUUUGUUUGGUUUGAAGUCUUUGCAAAAUCAAGUCCUUUCAGAUGUUUUAAAAGAUAAAGACAUCAAAGUAAGUAGUGUUUAUGACGGGAAACACCAGAUGAAGAGGAGGAUGCAUGAUAAAAAGGUUCUUGUUGUUCUAGAUGAUGUGGAUCAUAUAGACCAACUUGAUGCGUUAGCCGGUGAACCUGAUUGGUUUAAGCCGGGAAGUAGGAUUAUCAUUACAACAAGAGAUGCGCAGGUUUUGGUAGCACACAGAGUAAAAUUUAUUCGUGAUGUCACUCUGUUAUCAGAUGGAGAAGCAAUUUGCCUCUUCAGUAGGUAUGCAUUUGGGAGAGAUAUUCCAAUUCAAGGGUAUGAAGAGCUAUCCAGACAAGUUGUACGUUACGCUGCUGGUCUUCCCUUAACGAUGAGAGUUUUGGGUUCGUUUCUCUGUGGUAAAAUUGAGCUUGAAUGGGUAGAUGCCUUAGAAAGGCUUAAAACAAUCCCAUUAGCGGAAACUUUGAAAAAACUAGAAUUAAGCUAUAUCGGUCUAGAGGAGGAUUACAAGGAAAUAUUCCUGGAUGUUGCAUGCAUCAUGAAAGGUUGGCGGAAAGAUAAAGCAGUCAAAGUGCUUGAAAGCUGUGGAUUUCAUGCUAGAAAUGGUUUAAGAGUUCUUCAACAAAAAUCUCUCAUAACUAUUAAUGGUAAUUCUAAUUAUGAAUGGGUGGACAUGCAUGACCAUAUUGUAGAAAUGGGCAGGAAUAUUGUUCGUCGGCUGCACCCCAAUAAACCUCACAAACAUAGCCGAUUGUGGAUUAAUGAAGAAAUUGAAGACAUAUUGGCUAAUGAAUUGGGUACUAAAGCAACAAGAUGUAUACGAUCUACCAUGACAUUCAAUCUGGAUAUUGCUAUAAAAGGUCUUGGAAAGAUGAAGAAACUUAGGUCUUUACCCAAAACAUUUCAAGCAAAUAAUCUUGUUGCACUUGAGAUGCCGUACAGUAAGAUCGUUCAAUUGUGGGAAGGGGGAGAAAGAAAGGUUCUUAACAAGCUGAGAUUCCUUGACCUCAGUUAUUCAAAAUUGAGUACCUUUGACCUUGGGCUUACUCCAAAUCUUGAAACCCUGACUCUUCGACAAUGUUCUGAUUUGGUAGAACUUCACGUGGCAAUUGGAUGUUUAAAGCUCACGUGUGUCGACCUUGAAGGUUCAAGGUUAAGGACCGUUGACCUUGGUCUGGCUCCAAAUCUCGAGACUGUGAUUCUCUCUGAAUGCCAUAAUUUGGUAGAACUUCACAUGCCUGAUAGAUGUUUAAAUCUCAGGUCCUUACUACUCUCUAAUUCCAAGUUGAGUACCCUUAACAUUGGGCUGACUCCAAAUCUCAUGUCUUUAGAUCUUAAAAAUUGCUACUAUUUGGGAGAUUUUCACAUGGCUGGUGAAUGUCUAAAGUUGACCAAGCUCGACAUUAGUCAUUCAAAGUUGAGGACCCUUAACCUUGGGUUGACUCCAAAUCUUGAGAAAUUGGAUCUUGAUAAUUGUUAUUGUUUGGAAGAACUUUACAUGGCUGAUGAAUGCGGAAAGCUCGCGUAUCUAACAAUUAGUCAUUCAAAGUUGAGGACCCUUAACCUUGGGUUGACUCCAAAUCUUGAGAAAUUGGAUCUUGAUAAUUGUUAUUGUUUGGAAGAACUUUACAUGGCUGAUGAAUGUGGAAAGCUCGCGUAUCUAACAAUUAGUCAUUCAAAGUUGAGGACCCUUAACCUUGGGUUGACUCCAAAUCUUGAGAAUUUGGAUCUUGAUAAUUGUUAUUGUUUGGAAGAACUUCACAUGGCUGAUGAAUGUGGAAAGCUCGCAUAUUUGAAAAUUAGUGAUUCAAAGUUGAGGACCCUUAACCUUGGGAUGACUCCGAAUCUCAAGAAAUUGGAUCUUCAUCAUUGUUAUUGUUUGGAAGAACUUUACAUGGUUGAUGAAUGUGAAAAGCUUGCCUAUCUAAGAAUUAGUGAUUUAAAGUUGAGGACCCUUAACCUUGGGUUGACUCCAAAUCUUGAGAAUUUGGAUCUUGAUAAUUGUUAUUGUUUGGAAGAACUUCACGUGGCUGAUGAAUGUGGAAAGCUCACCUAUUUAAAAAUUACUCAUUCAAAGUUGAGGACCCUUAACUUUGGGCUGACUCCAAAUCUCAAGACGUUACAUCUUAAAGAAUGUAGUAAUUUGGUAGAACUUCACACUACCAUCGGAUGUCUAAAAAAGCUUGCCCACCUAGACAUAAGUGGUUGUUUGGGGUUUAACUCUUUUUUGUUUAACUUAAAAGAUUAUACUUCUUGUAGUGUGGAUGAAUCACUUGAGGUCGGUCCUUUAGCCGAGUUACAUAUUAUCGUAAACUCCCUAGAAAAUUGCCCACUUCACCCUGACAAUAGCUUGCCAAAGUUUCAGUUUAAUUGUUUUUAUGAAGAAGAUCGACCUUCAGUGACUGGAAAUCUUGAGAUGCUUAUUUCUCUAGGUAUGUGUGCUUGCACAAAUCUUGAGACUUUUUCAGGAAUCCUUUUUGGGUUACGAUCUUUAAGAUUGCUUAAACUGGAAGGCAAUAUUCUAGAGGUUCUUAAGAACUUUGACCAGUCAAUGAAGGUCGAUGAGUUAAUUUUGUUGUCUCCAACGAUUAAGCAUCUUCCGGAUAGCAUUUGGAUGUUGAAACAUCUGAAAUCUCUUGAACUUAAUCUUUGUGUGUGGCUUGAGAAGUUACCUGAGGAUCUUGGCCAGUUAGAAUCUUUAGAGAAGCUGAAUUUGUCAUAUACAAAGAUUAAGCAUCUUCCAGAUAGCAUUUAUAUGUUGAAACAUCUGAAAUCUCUCGAACUUAGAUUCUGUUGCUUUUUUGAGAAUUUGCCUGAGGAUCUUGGCCGAUUAGAAUGUCUGGAGGAUCUAACUUUAUCUUCUACAAUGAUUAGCCAUCUUCCGGAUAGCAUUUGCAUGUUGAAACAUCUGAAAUCUCUUGAGCUUAUUUCUUGUUCGUUGCUCGAGAAGUUACCUGAGGAUCUUGGACGAUUAGAAUGUUUAGAGAAGCUAUCCCUAGAGAAGUGUGAAUUUUUACAAGAUAUCCCGAAUAGCAUCGUUAAGAUGAAAUCAUUAAAAUGUUUCCAUAUCCCGUAUUGUAUUCGAGUUGAGAAGUUGCCUGAGGAACUUGGAAGUUUAGAAUGUUUAAAAGAGAUAGAUAUAGAAGGUACAAGCAUAAGUCAUCUUCCACAGAGCAUUUUUUUGCUGAAAGAUCUACAUAUUACUGGGUCAAGAGGGAUUGCUCAAAGGCCCGGGAAAGCCAAUUCAGAAAGAACUAUUGUAACAGGACAGAUGUUUGAUAUAGUAAACUUCAUGGGGCAUCUACAAUUGAAUAUAUAUUGGCUAGAGACAAUAGAGAUGGAAAAUCUGUUGAUUAAUGCACAUGUAUCACCAUGUAUUCAGCUGAAGCCAGGAAAGAAAGUAGAGGAAAGAUAUGAUGAAAAAUUGAUGGAACACACACUUGGAGAGUUGGAUGAUGCACGAUGAUCGGAAACAAGUUUCAACAACUACUAAAAAUUAAUUAAAACUCAUUCUUAUCGAUCCCUCAUUUCUUCGAGAGCUAGUGUGCCUGUGUUUGAUGUCGAGCUUUUUCCUUCUCCUUCACCUCACUUCCUUGAGUCUUGUCAUAAUCUUCAAGAUCAAAAACAGUAAAUCAAUUAAACGAAUUAAAAAAAAAAAAUCAGUUCUUGAUUCUGUGAUCAACAAAUCUACCAGGAUGAUUGCCAUGGACGUCCUUAUCUUCAUCGUCAUGAGAAAGCGAUUGGUUGCCUCCGCUCUUUGGCUCCUGCGGAUGCCUGUUGGAAUCUUACAGUUUGGAAGACCGGAGUUGCUUUUCCGGCGAAGUUGUUUGAGGUGGCGAAGAGAGUAGAAACGGCUGGUUUGGUUUGAAUCGGAAAGGAUUUGAUGGCGCUGAACAUAUCCGUGUUGCUUCUGUUUUAAAGUUGGGAUCGGAGAGGGAGGAUUUAUGAUGAUGAUAAUGGGAGAUGAAUAUGUGAGGGGUUUUACACGUGGCAUGCAGAGAUUGACACGUGUGGUCUUGGAAAACGUUGCAUAAAUGGCUGUUUGACAUUUGCCAGUGAGAUGCUGAAGCUCGUCUCGAGACAUUGAAAAGAAAAGGAAAAAACUGAAGUAUUCGAUGUCGAUAGCUUAGGGCUUAAGGCUUGAGGAUGUCGGCAAUUGUAUAGCAAACACGUCACACAUCAUCGCCUCCGACAGAGGAGAGAGGGAAGGUGGUUAACGAUUGAUUUGUUUUUAUUUUUUAUUUUUUUUUUCAAUUUCACACCGUUUAAAUUUAUCAAAUUUAAUUUUCAACCACCUUUUAACCCAUUACAUGUUUCAACUAUUUCUUAAAAUAAAUAAAUAAAAUAAAAUAAAAACUAG